CCACUCUGCCCUCCCCGCCGCGCAUCUUCAGCGCUUCCCGGUCUUGAUGCGUCCAGGCCUCACCGGACAAGCGCGCGAAUUGCGCGGUGAUUGUGCCGGUCUUGGCGGGAGAGGAGUGUGGGCGGCGGCCUAGCUGAGAGUACCUCCUGGGCAUUGGACACGUGGACGCUACUAGCCAAGUGGUGGUGGACACCGCAGAACUCGGCUGUCGAUACAUAUCACUCGGUGUCGCCGUGUUGUCGGCAGCAGUCGCUCAGGCAUUGUCUUGAAAACUCCUGUCUCACGCUCCUCCAUUGUCCCAUCUCGCGCACUCUCUCUCCGGAGCGAACGGAACACGAAGCGAAGGCAGGCCAGGCAAGGUCGAGCGCUACGAGUUUCGCGUUCUGUGGUAGAGAGUGUGUCUCUUGGCUUUGGAGUGUAGCCCAACUUUGUCGACUUCCAUUUCCCCAGCUCGACGGCUCGCGGAAGCGGAGCGCGGCGCAGGCGCAGGCGCAAUACUCACCGCUCGUGUAUCGCCCGUUGAUAGUCUGAGAACUGUCCUUGCUCCUUCGUUCGGUCGCUCCUAUCUACCGGAGUCGGAUUGAUUGACUGGUCGAGAGAGAGAGAGAGAGAGGGGGAGAGAGAGAUUGACUUGCGGGAAAGAGUAGCUUCGCGUAAUCGCUGACGACGAAAAUGAGUGCCGUAGCAUGCAGCUCUCAGGCCUUCGCGGCUGCGCAGGCGGCUUCCAGCCUCGGCAAUGGGAUAGGAGGACAACAGAGCAAGGAGGCGGUGAGAGCAGGUCGUAGAGCUGUGUUCCAGGGUAAGAACAGCGGCAAAGUGUUUUUUGGCAACAGCUUGAAGUCGAAGGAUGAUUUGUUGUGCUGCUCGCGGGGGUUCAGAGCUGCCGUGAUUCGGCAGACGCGCAGACGCUCGUCGAGGAAUGGCGCCGGCAGCGGCGGUGCGAUGAAUGUGGUCUGUGAGAAGGUCGUCGGAAUUGAUCUCGGGACCACCAACUCCGCCGUCGCGGCGAUGGAGGGAGGCAAACCCACCAUUGUGACGAAUGCGGAGGGGCAGCGAACGACCCCGUCGGUCGUUGCGUACACGAAGAACGGCGACCGCCUCGUCGGACAAAUUGCCAAGAGACAGGGAGUCGUCAAUCCCGAGAAUACCUUCUUCUCAGUCAAAAGAUUCAUCGGGCGGAAGAUGAACGAGGUGAACGAGGAGUCCAAGCAAGUGUCCUACCAUGUCAUCCGGGACGAAAACGGGAACGUCAAGCUCGAUUGCCCGGCCAUUGGAAAGCAGUUUGCGGCGGAGGAGAUAUCUGCGCAAGUUUUGAGGAAGUUGGUCGAGGAUGCGGCCAAGUUCUUGAACGACAAAGUCACCAAGGCUGUGAUCACUGUCCCGGCCUACUUCAACGAUUCCCAGCGGCAGGCGACGAAGGAUGCGGGGAGAAUUGCAGGAAUUGAGGUUCUGAGAAUUAUCAACGAGCCGACGGCGGCGUCUCUGGCGUAUGGCUUUGAGAAGAAGAGCAACGAAACAAUCCUGGUCUUCGACCUUGGAGGCGGGACUUUCGACGUGUCAGUUCUCGAGGUCGGCGAUGGCGUCUUCGAGGUGCUUUCGACUUCCGGAGAUACGCAUCUGGGCGGAGAUGACUUCGACAAGCGAAUUGUGGACUGGCUGGCGGACGAUUUCAAGAGGCAGGAGGGCAUUGACUUGCUGAAGGAUAAACAGGCACUGCAGCGAUUGACGGAGACAGCCGAGAAAGCGAAGAUGGAGCUAUCUACCAUCACCCAGACGAGCAUCAGCCUGCCUUUCAUUACCGCAACAGCAGAAGGACCUAAACACAUCGACACGACACUCACGAGAGCUAAGUUCGAGGAGCUCUGUUCAGACUUGCUGAGCAGGUGCCGAGUUCCCGUUGAGAAUGCUUUGAAGGAUGCCAAGCUCACACUCGGCGACAUCAAUGAGGUUAUUCUUGUUGGUGGCUCAACCAGAAUUCCCGCAGUCGUCAAUCUUGUCAAGCAGAUGACCGGCAAGGAACCAAAUAUGUCUGUCAAUCCGGAUGAAGUCGUCGCUCUUGGUGCAGCUGUGCAGGCUGGAGUGCUUGCAGGUGAAGUCAGUGACAUUGUGCUCCUUGAUGUCACUCCUUUGUCUCUGGGAUUGGAGACGCUUGGUGGAGUGAUGACGAAGAUUAUCCCAAGGAAUACCACUCUUCCUACGUCCAAGUCGGAGGUCUUCUCAACUGCCGCCGAUGGACAAACGAGUGUGGAGAUCAAUGUGUUCCAGGGUGAGCGCGAGUUCGUCCGGGACAACAAGCAGAUUGGCAACUUCAGACUCGAUGGAAUUCCCCCUGCACCACGCGGUGUCCCACAGAUUGAGGUCAAGUUCGACAUCGAUGCUAAUGGUAUCUUGUCGGUUACUGCGAUUGACAAGGGCACAGGCAAGAAGCAGGAUAUCAAGAUCACUGGUGCUAGCACGCUUCCCUCAGAUGAGGUGGAGAGAAUGGUCAAGGAGGCAGAAAAAUUCUCGAAGGAAGAUCAGGAGAGGAGAGAAGCAGUGGAUACAAAGAACCAGGCGGAGUCGAUGAUCUAUCAGACAGAGAAGCAGUUGAAGGAGCUGGGUGACAAGAUCCCUGCAGAUGUUAAGACGAAGGUCGAGGACAAGUUGAAGGCUUUGCAGGAUGCUGUUGCGGGUGGGUCGACACAAGCAAUCAAGGACGCGCAGAGCGCUCUGCAAACAGAGGUCAUGGCGAUGGGGCAAUCGGUCUACAGCCAAGCAGGUGCGGCAGGUGCUGGACCCACACCGGGUGCAGACAGCAGCUCAACAGGAUCAGGGCCGUCUGGUGGACCCAGUGCAGGUGGUGCAGGAGGUGAAGAUGUUAUUGAUGCGGACUUCACGGACAGCACCUAGGUGUAGUAGCACCAUAUACUGUAGGACCUUGUAGGGAAAGUGAGAGGAGAGUCUUUGUUCUGUUUUUCUUUUGUCCUUUUUUUUUUUUUCCCCUUUCCCGGAUCGCUUUUCCACCUUGUAUGUUGGUAGGCAAUGUGGAGCCAUGUGUGAGAGUGCGCUGAGGGUUUGUGCGCUGAGACUUCCCCUUUGUGGGGGAAAGGUAUGCCCCAUUUGCAUUGCGGGGUCGACUUCUGCUCCGAUGUUCCUUGACUUGGGGUCGCAGUUUCCUUCUUUUUGAAAUUCCUUGUGUACCGAUUUCUCCCGUUUUCUGUGACCAUAUGGUCUGUUAGUUACAAUUUGCUUCACAAUCGCAUGUUGUAAUAUCAAAAUCUAUGGAGCUCUUUUGUAAAAUACACAAGUUGGUGUGUAUUGUGUCUCUGUCCUCUCAUGUAUUGUUUGCUUGCUGAGUCGUGGCUCUUGGUUCCUCGAUGAAAGGGCUUCACAAUUAUGUGCCUUACCACACUACUUGCAAAAUGCACAAAAGCAUCAACAUAUGGCAUGCAUCUUCUAGCGGGAGAGGCAUUCUCAUUUUGCACAUUGUAAGUGGUGGACUGAGGCCUUAUGAAAUAUAUUUGGAAUGGAUGCUUCAUUGACGGCGUUUGACACGAGUCAAACAGGUGCAGAUCGGAAUCUCGAUGUUUCAUUUGCCAUCACGUGGAGCAGAUUGAAUGUGGAUGUGGCAUGAGGGGUGCAGUAUUCAGACUACCGUCUUCCCCCGAACAUAACGCACCCUGAACAGCAAGGUAUACGAGGGAUGUUUCCGGCCAGAUAAAGUCAGAAUGAGGGUGCGUUGUGUUCGGGGGAAGACGGUAGAACUUUUUAGAUCUGUUGAAUGUAACGACUGCCUAAAAAUACACCCAGAGUAGUCGCAGCUGGAGCUGUGUUUAUUCUUGAGAGAGCCUCUACGUGCCUUGUGAACCAGGGUGGUAUAUGGUGGUGGAGACUGCUGCGCUGAAGCAUAGCUGAACCCUUCUGCAUCAAGUAGAAGGUGCCGGAUGCCCUGAUACUGUUUUUUCUAUUCGGGACGGAUUUGAGAUGUGGUAGAUUAUGUCACUUGCGAUGUUGUUUGUGGUUGUGGGUAAGGACAGUUGGUGGACGUAUUGGGAAAGCGCGACGAUCCGAAACUUGCGUUCUGCUGUGCUCCUGUCAGUUAGUAGGAGAGGUACAUGGGGCGAGGGCGAGGGAGAGCAAGGAAUGUAGGGGGAGUGGAAAAUGAAGAAAACGAGUAUUU